AUGAAUCUCCUAACAUCUGGAAUAAUUUUAUACUCAUUCUACCUAUCCACUUGUAUGGAUUCUUCUGAUUCUGAUGAAGAUGGUGAUGGAGAUGGAGAUAGCAUGCUACCUCCACACCAAAGGAGUCCUAUGUUUGAGGGGACUCUCGGAGAAUCGUUUACCGGAGGCUAUAGUAAAGAAGAAUUGGAAAGUAAAUUUCCAAAAAUGAGAAUGGGUAAGGGUCCAAAAGACAAAGGUCCAGCGAAACCCAAACCUACUCCAGGUCCUGUCAAAGAUACUAUGAUGCCAGGCGAUCAGGAGGCACGUGGUGCAUCUGGAGGUCCAGGGACAUAUCCUUAUCCACCACAAGGUUAUCCAACAGGUGGUUAUCCACCACAGGCUACGGGAGGUUAUGGUCAACCAGGUCCUUAUCAGACAGGGCCUUAUCCUUAUCCACAGGGUCAACCAGGUCCUUAUCCAGUACAGACUCCAGGUGGUUAUGGUCAACCAGGAAAGGGACCAGCUUAUCCUCCUGAUCCCUAUGGAGCAUCAGGUGGUUAUGGUCCACCAGGACACGGUCCAGCUUAUCCUCCUGAUCCCUAUGGAGCAUCAGGAGCAACUGGAGGUUAUGGAGGUGGUGCAUCAGGAGGUGCCGAAGGUCCAGGUCAACCAACCGGCCCACCGGGACCAUCAAGUGGUCCACCUACUCAAGCUCCAGAUGGAACAAAAUUGGGACCAGUAGACGCAAAAACUGCGAAGAAUGGUGAACAUGUAAAUGUUGAUGAAUUUAGAGCAGGAAGUCAUGAUCAUCGUCACCGUAGGAUCACGCCUAAACAUGGACAUGGAUUUAAUCGCGUAAACUAUGACGGUUUACGAGUUUGGAUAAUGGAUGGCUUCAAAUAUGCAACUGGAGUUCUUUUGUUUCCCUUAGGGUUUGGAGAAAAAACUCUGGUAAUAACAUACAGUGAUGGUUCAAAGAAGACUUUUAAAAAGAGAGGAAACGCCAAACCAUGGGAAGAAAAGGAUUAG